UCGUCAUUUAGACACGUCUUCAAACCCGCAGAACUUUCCACUUGCUGUUUUCACUUGAACAUUAACAGGACCCAAAAUUUGUACUGAGUUUAGCAUAUACCCACAUUUAUUAAUAAUCUCAAGCGCAUUCCAGUUUAGUACAUACCCAACCUGCUCACCAUGUAUACCCACCCCCACGCACUGUCAGGGUACUUCGGGCAUAAACCCAAGACGCCCGACGAGCGGUUCACGUCGCUAAUUCCCCAGACACCGUUUGACUUUGCGUACGGCGCUUCGAUGUUACCGCGUCAGCUUUUGAUGGGCUCGCCGUUCGUUGCGGGAGCGCCGUCACCCGUGCCCCCGCAGUUCCACGCGAAGCCGCCACUCUACUACUACCCAAACCAGACGCCCUACCCAGGGCACUAUCCAGGCCAGCAGAACUACCCAUACCAACCCGAGCAGGGGUACCAAACAAACAGGUACCCACCUAACGGGUACCUGAAGAACGGGCAUCUCAGCACGAGCGUGUCGCAUAGUAGCCGCCACUCCAGCUCGACCCACUUACGGAAUUACUCGCAAAACAGUUCCAUGUCUCACAUCUCUCAGCCCAGACUUAAGUAUGUAAAUAGGCCCGAGAAGAAGAAAGUUUCGCCGCGGCUGCAAGACGCCAAACAUAGCCUGCAUUACCAGCGGAACCAGGAGCUAGAGCGUGACUUUUUCACCCCCAACGGCUCUGCUUCCCCCUUGAUAGAGGCUGUUACUCCGACGAUGGAAGCUACUCAUAAAGUGGACGACUCGCCCGCGACGAUGGUUUCUCAGCAGCGCACCGUGUUGAUCACGAAUGUGGUGGUAGAGCCCAAGAAGUUCACCUGGGCCGCACUUUUCACCCAGUUUUCCGGCUUCGGGCCAUUCGAGAGCAUUGAGAUUGAGACUGAGACAACUUACAGUCAGACUGGAAUUACUGGGAAAGAAAUCACCGAGAUCAAUCAGACUGAGGCAAAUAGCGACAAUAUAAAGACCAUCCGAGUGUCGUUUCUAACCGGGUUAGCUGCCACGGUCUUCUAUACUCAUGUCCAGCGCAAUCCCGUGGACGUGAACCGCAAGUUGCGAGUGUUUUCGUCUGAGGAGCAGGCUGUGUUGGUAGAGCUAGUCGACUCUGAAGAGUUGUUCCCGGCGAUUGCAGCAGCGGUGAAACUGGAGUACGCUUCGCGGUGCUUGUACAUCUCGGAGAUGCCUGCGCGCGAGCGCAGCGACGCGUCCGCGUUACUUUGUGAGUUGCGCGCUAUUGGCGAGAUCGACACCAUCCAGACUUUUGAUCUUCCAAACAGAGACGCAAAGACUAAGAACGGAGGUUUGGGCGAAAAGACCGGUAAGCUGCCAAAAAACGGGGAGGCAAAUUUUGCGGCCAAUACCCCCGAUCCAAUCACUGGGCUGUCAGAUGGAAAGUCUACGGCUUUGAAAAGGAAAUCAAUGUCUUUGGAAGGAAAAUCGGUGGCUCUAGACGAGAAAUCCACAAUUUUGGAUGAGAAAUCCUCAUUGGAAGACACAUUCAUACCAUUAGAUGGUAAGGCGACGUCUUUGGGUGUCGAAUCACCCUCAUUGGAUGCUCUAUCGGCACUGGUGGCGACGUUUGACCGCGUUGUCAUCCACUUCACCUCCAUCCGCGACGCAAUCCGUGCCAAAUCCCAGCUCUCCUUCUCCCCUACGUACCACACCUGCCGUGUCCUCUACGGUCGCGACCGCUGCGCACGCGUCGUGACCGAACCAUCCCUCGACUUUGGCUUCCGCAACAACUUGUCCCAGAAAGAUAUCGCGGCCGCGACGGUGCUGACGGCCGCCGGCGGAAUGGCUAACCUCGGCAAUCGAACAGUCUAUCUCGGCAACCUCCAUCCCCUCACCCGUGUGGAUGAGAUCUGCAACGUGGUGAAGGGCGGAUUGGUCCAAAAUGUCAAAUACCUCGCGGACAAACACGCAUGUUUCGUGACUUUUGUUGACAAAACAGCGGCUGCCCAGUUUUAUGCCGAGGCAAACAUGAACACGUUGGUUGUGCACGGAAAGCGGGUCAAGGUGAACUGGGGGAACAACUCUGGUCCGUGUCCCCAGUCGGUAGCACUCGCUGUGACCGCGGGGGCCUCACGCAAUGUGUACAUACGAGGGCCUGACAUUCCGCGCGCAGACGAGUUAAGACGUGAUUUCUCAGAUUAUGGAGAGAUGGAGCAGAUUAACUUCUACAAGGACAAGUCAUGUGCGUUCCUCAACUUCUUGAACAUCUCCUGUGCGAUCAAGGUAGUGGAAGACUUUCAGCGCGGCUCAGCACCGAGCACGGGCACGAGCCCGGAGCGUGCGGCACGCGUUCUUGCCUUGUUGCAGAAGUACCGGGAGUUCAAGUUUGCCUUUGGUAAGGAUAGAUGUGGGAAUCCACUGAGACCGGUGAAAAAGGGAAAAAAGAAGGUAAGAGAGGCAAAGGAAGCGAGGGAGGGAAUGGUGGAUAGUGGAGUGUUGGCGAGUAUGGGGAUUUUCAGCAGCAAAGAGAGCGGUCGAAACGAGCUAGGUGAAGCGAGAGCUGAGAUAAGUGAGGAAAGAAAUGAAAAAAGCGAGGAAUGGCCCAGACGUGACGCAAAAAGUGCCGCGAGAAGAGACAGUCAGAUGGAUAGUGAAUCAAAUCUGGUGAAAAGUGAGGGAAGUAAGGAGGGUAGGGAUGUGAAAAGCAAGGGAAGCCAAGCCAGAAGUACCGUGAAAGCAAAGAAGGGCGACUUGAGUGACUUGGUUGACUCAUUGGCCCUAGAGCCCCAUGAUUCAGAACCUUCUGAUAUUUCAAAGCCUCUUGAGGCUAUGCCUUUAAAAGCUCCCUCUCCUGUCACUUCGGCACCUCUCGAGACUACACCCCUCGAGCCUCUUUCUCCUGAGUUUCAUUUUGACAAACCUGACUACGACUCAGAAAUCGACUCCAGUGACUCUGUUUCCAUUGUCAUCGGCGCCACCGCCAACAUCGACUCACCCCCAUCUAUGAAAACCUCAUCGUGCUCUCCCAUUCCUCAACAACGGCCCCGUAAGGCGUCCUCCACUCGUUCGAUGAACUAUUUUCCUCCUGUUUAUGAGACCCCCGUGAUCUACCCCUUCGCUUAUCCUCCGGGAAGUGCCACCUCCCGCGCUGGCUCCAGCUACAAUCUCGACAGAUCUGCAUCACGCACCUCCUUGUACUCCCAGGGCAGCCAUCCGAUGGGAUACGAGAUGAGCUACUUCCCGCCCCAGCAGAUGUACGGCUAUGGCUAUAUCCCCAACCAGCCCACUACGUCUGGGUCCCAGGUCAUGGCCAGGUACCUCUCUCAAUCCCAGAACGACUCGUUGUUGUACGCCGCCUCGGUGUUGCUGUCAGGCCAGAAGAAAAAUCGCAAGAACAGAAAGAACCGCUAGAGGUUGGUUAAGGUUGAUCUAAUGUCUAAUUAAUGUCUACGCAUAGAAAACAUAGGUUGUAAGUGACAUCGGUGGUGCUCCAGCUGAAGAACUGCUGAGAGAUUGCUUAUUUAGUUGGUGCAGCACAAUUAUGGUCCGUCGGAUACACUCAGAAUAAUUGCCUCCGGUUGAGGUGAGCCACCAUGUGUAUAGACUGGUGAGCAGGAUUACGGAAAGGUUUCCCCGUAUUAUUAUUAUAUAACCGCUAUAUACAUGAACACCGAAUGAGGUAUGCCCGCUAUGUGAUAGAAUCUCAU